AUGGCUCCGGCAACCAUGAUGAUGGGGAUGUACGGGCAGCAGGCUUCUGGCAGUGAUGGUAUCGACAGCACUUGGCCAUACUUGCAGUCCAGCAUCAACAAGAUCAUGACCAACCUCCAAGAAGGUCUCGACAUGACUAGUUACAUGGGAAUCUACACGGCGGUUCACAACUUCUGCACAUCUCAGAAGGCUAGCGGCGGUAUGAGCAGUCAGAGUAGUCACCUUCCAGGAAUCGGGGCUCAGAGGGGCGCGCAUCUGCUUGGCGAGGACCUCUACAAGAAGCUGGCGAAUUACUUAACCGACCAUCUCCAGGGCCUGGUCUCCGAAGCCGAGGCUCACAAGGACGAGGCCUUGUUGGCCUUCUACAUUCGCGAAUGGCAACGCUACACCAACGCGGCCAAGUACAUCCACCAUCUCUUCAAGUACCUAAACCGACACUGGGUUAAGCGCGAGAUGGACGAAGGAAAGAAGAACAUCUACGACGUCUACACCCUCCACCUUGUCCAAUGGCGGGACGUGUUGUUCCAAGCUGUCUGCAAGAAAGUCAUGGACGCCGUCCUCAAACUGGUGGAAAGGCAACGCCUCGGUGAAACCAUCGAGUACACCCAGAUCAAGCAGGUGGUCGAUAGCUUCGUCUCGCUCGGCAUGGAUGAGGGCGACAAUAGCAAGACUACGCUGGAAGUGUACCGAUAUCACUUCGAAAAGCCGUUCCUGGAAGCGACCAAGAUCUUCUACCAAAACGAGAGCAAACAGUUUGUUGCUGAGAACAGCGUGGUCGAGUACAUGAAGAAGGCCGAGGCUCGCCUGGCCGAGGAGGAGGAGCGCGUACGCAUGUACCUCCACCCCGACAUUGCGGUCCAUCUGAAGAAGGCCUGUAACCAGGCCCUCAUCGCCGAACACUCCAACAUUUUGCGUGACGAGUUCCAGGUACUGUUGGAUAACAACCGAGAGGAUGACAUGCGCCGCAUGUAUAGCCUUUUGUCUCGUAUUCCCGACGGUCUUGAGCCUCUCAGGGCUCGGUUCGAGGCUCAUGUUCGCAAGGCUGGUUUGGCGGCUGUCGCCAAGGUGGCUGCAGACGCCGACAAGCUAGAGCCCAAGGUUUACGUUGACGCUCUGCUGGAGAUUCACACUCAGUACCAGGGGCUGGUUGAGCGCGCCUUCAACAAAGAGCCCGAUUUCACAAGAUCCUUGGACAAUGCCUGCAAGGAAUUCGUGAACAGGAACGAGGUCUGCAAAUCGGGCUCCAACAAGUCACCGGAAUUGCUUGCCAAGUACACCGAUGUGCUUCUCCGCAAGAGCAGCACCGGCGUGGAGGAGGUGGAGCUCGAGAACACUUUGACACAGAUUAUGACCGUGUUCAAGUACAUUCAGGACAAGGAUGUGUUCCAGAAGUUCUACUCACGUAUGCUGGCACGCCGCCUCGUACACAGCAACUCCAACUCGGACGACGCCGAGACGUCCAUGAUCUCCAAGCUCAAGGAAGCAUGCGGCUUCGAGUACACGAACAAGUUGCAGCGCAUGUUCCAGGACAUGCAGAUCAGCAAGGACCUGAACACAGGCUUCAAGGAACACGUCGCAUCUCUUAAUUUGGAAGAGAAGCCGCUUGACUCGUCAUACGCCAUCCUCGGAACCGGCUUCUGGCCGCUCACCGCUCCGAGCACCCCCUUUACUGCGCCUUCUGAGAUCCAGGCCGACAUCGAACGGUUCGCCCGCUUCUACAAGAACAAGCACGAGGGCCGCAAGCUCACGUGGCUUUGGCAGCUGUGCAAGGGCGACAUCAAGGCCAACUAUAUGAAGGGUGCCAAGAUGCCGUAUAUCUUGACAGUGUCGGCCUACCAGAUGGCCAUCCUGCUGCUCUUCAACGAGCAGGACAAGCACACGUACGAGGAUAUUCUGGAAAUCACCAAGCUCAACGCGGACGUAGUAGAUGGCGCCUUGGGCAUCUUGGUCAAGGCCAAGUUGCUUACCGUUGAGGGUGGCGAGGGCGGAAAGCCUGGCCCAGGAUCGACGCUUUCGCUCAAUUACGACUUCAAGAACAAGAAGUAUCGGAUUAACCUGAACGUGGGCAUGAAGAGCGAGACGAAGCAGGAGGAGGUGGAGACGAACAAGACGAUUGAGGAGGAUCGCAAGUUGUUGUUGCAGUCCGCCAUCGUCCGUAUUAUGAAGGCCCGCAAGAAGAUGAAGCACCAACAGCUGGUUUCAGAGACUAUUAAUCAGAUUAGGGCCCGAUUUAUGCCUAAGAUUGGCGACAUCAAGAAGUGCAUCGAAAUCUUGCUCGAUAAGGAGUACCUGGAGCGGUUGGAGGAUGAUGAGCUUGGGUAUCUUGCUUAA